AUGGUGGUGCGGUGGUAUGAAGAGCAUCAGGGUAUGUAUCCGCAGACUGCGAUGCUUCACUACCUCGAAAUUGCCGAGGGGCUUGGUACCUACGGGGUGGAAUUCUUUGAGAUCUGCAACCGACGUGGCACGGACCUCCUCCUCGGGAUCGACGCUAUGGGUCUAGCUAUCUACAAACCUCCAGAUAAAGUAAAUCCAAAGGUGGGCUUUCCCUGGUCAGAGAUCCGCAAUAUCGCCUAUAACGAUCGCAAAUUUACCAUCAAACCGAUCGACAAAAAGAGUUCUGACCUCGUCUUCUUGACCAAGAAUCUCAGAGUGAACAAGAAGAUUUUAGCGCUAUGCAUAGGUAACAACGAGCUCUACGUGCGACGCCGCCAACCCGUUCCUAUUGAGGUACAGCAGAUGCGUUCUCAGGCUCUUGAGGAGAAUGCUUUUCGAGAGUUGGAACGGUGA